CAGCUCCACACCUCGCUGCUCGGAUUCCGGAGCAUGGGCGAUAAGCUAUGUCCCUCUCUCGUGUCGAGAGCCCUUGCUUUCUGUGUUUUCUGUUCGUCUUCCAAGCGAUAUUUAUCCUGAUCCUCUACCGAGGUGCACCUUCAAAUGUGUUCCGUGGGGUUUUAGACUCGAAACAGGUUCUGGACUACUCCAAAACUCACGAUGUCUACACCAACCUCAGCCUCUUCACCCAAGCUCCUAAUGAAGAGACGAUGCCGUACUGCUCAGUGCAGUCACCGAUAUUUGUUGGUCCAUUAACCAUCACCUUCAGGGUGCUCCCUAGUGAGAGGCUGAUCAUCAAGAAGAAUCCUUUUGUUCAGGCGGGCGGCCGCUACAGACCGCCGCACUGCUUGGCUCGCUACAAAUCAGCCAUCCUGGUGGCCUACAGCAACCAGCAGAAGUACCUGCACCACCUGCUCUACUACAUCCACCCCUUCCUGCAGCGCCAGCAGCUCAGUUACAGCAUCUACUUGAUUCAGCAGGUGGGCAAUGGCACGUUCAACAGAGCCAAGCUGCUGAAUGUUGGUGUCCGGGAAGCCCUGAAGGAUGAAGACUGGGACUGCCUCCUCCUGCACGAUGUCAAUCUAGUGCCUGAGAAUGAUUACAACCUCUAUGUUUGUGAUGAGCACUAUCCCAAGCAUAUGGCCAGUGCCAUGGAUAAGUUCCAGUACACACUGCCAUACAAGUCCUUUUUUGGAGGUGUAUCUGCUCUGACUCCAGACCAUUACAUGAAGAUGAAUGGUUUUCCAAACACAUACUGGGGCAGUGGUGGUGAAAAUGAUGACAUUGCUACAAGAAUCCAGUUAGCAGGAAUGAAGAUAGUCCGGACCUCACCUCACCUGGGACGCUACAAAGUGAUGGACUACAAUGACCAGGCAGAGGGACAACAUCCUUGGAGAAGGCCUGCUCCCCGCCACAACACCAGAAAGACAUGGAAAGAUGAUGGGAUGAAUUCUUUGGAGUUCAAGCUCCUUUCCAGGAGGAAGCAUCCUCUUUACACCAACAUCACUGUGGACAUUGGCUAUGUUCCCCCCUUUUCUUGAGAGAAUUGCAACAAAAGCAGAGUUGGGUCUCAGCAGGGCAAUGUGUGUGUUUGCACUCAGCCUCCUGUUGUGGAGCCUGCAGCACCUGAGCCCAACCCUGGUGUUGUUCAUGCAGUUCACUUUUCUUCUGCCAGUUUUAAGAGUGGGAAGGAAAGGCUUCAGGACUAGGGUGACAGCUGAUAAACAGACUGUGACUUGCUCUGAAAUUGCCAGAGCACUGUGCAACUAACUACUGAGGUCGCCCUCAAGGGCUGAAAGUCUCCCUUGACAGUAAGUGACCCAGGUUUUCAGGGAGAUGUGUUCCAUAGCUGGGCAACUUUGUCCUGCUUUGUGUGCUUAAGUGUUCAUUGGGAUGCAAGCCAUGCUGGCAGAUGGGCCUCUCAAGGGCUGUGUUUUGAAAGUGUUGAAGCCAUUUAACAGUUCUGUAAAUACCUUUUGUGAAUCUUGACUAAAAUAAGUUAACUUACAGGCUUGGGUUAAGAGUGCCAGAAUAGUUAAUAAGAGUAUAAAUA